CUAAUUUACAGUGAACUUUUUAAAGUGACAGAAAAAUACUGCCCGAAGUUUUAAUUCCGUAACUGUACAUAUUAUCCGUUCACAUAACUGUUGCCGCUAAGCCAUAAACCGUACCCCUUGUAAAUCUUCAUAAUCUCCCUCAAACCGAACGCUCGUGCCUGUUUCUUUUGUUGUGAAAAUCGAAAAUACCUACUGUUUCUUUCUAAAUAAAAUUAUAGUUAUUUCUACAUCUAAUAUUCGGUUCGACGAAACUUGCCAUGUUCCUUAAUUACCUAUCAAUUAGAUACUUAACUCAAAUCGGAAUUUGGUCCCAGUGCUUAGAAAUUCUAAUAAAUAAUUUGACAAAAGAUAAAAGAUUAAAUAUUUGGUUACAAAAAGUUAAAUUGGGAAACUGUCAGAAACGAAAAACAUAAUUUGCAUUUUAAUAACGUUCUACAAAUCUACAUUAACACUUCGAAGUAUCUAAUGAUUUAAUUUUUACAUUAAGAUAUUGUUUUACUAAAAUUUUAAUAGUAGGUAUAUUUGUACAACUUCUACUCAUCCACACACCUGUUGCAAUUCAAAAGAAACAAAAACGAAAACAAAUAUUUGUGAAUGAUUCACGGCUUUCCUCACAUCAAACGAUUUAAGCUCUUUGAGUAUCUACUUAAAUCCUCAUACGCUUAUGUAUAAGAAAAAAGCUCAGAUAUGUGUGUUCAAAAGCAGAAUUAUGAUAUUUGAAUGUGGAGGUUUAUGUAAAAAGGAAUGAAGCAUGAUGUUUUCAUAAUAGUUUCUUUAGAGUAAAUAAAACAAAUUUGAAUGUGCAUAAUAUAAAAAAAUGGACUAUUCGAAAAAUAAAGCUCAAUUCUUGGUUAAUUUAUAUAUUGCCUUACUGGAUAACACCGGUCAAAGCAAAUCAAAGAACUUUUCUUUUCUCUAUGCAUAAAAUGCAAAUACCACAAAAAGUUUUAACAGUAAUCCCUAGUGGCCCAAACCUGGCUAUAUAAAGUUACUGGGUCCAACUGUGAGCACCAUUCAACCUUCGAACGUCAAGACGCAAUGGCGCUCAAGUACAGAGUAUUUGCACUUGUCGUGGUGUUAGUCCUCAUGGCGUGGAUGUUCACGGGGACUCAAGCCCAAGUCACUUUCUCCCGUGACUGGAAUCCUGGCAAAAGGACUGAAAAUACGGAUUUGCAUAAUACUAUGAAAACUGCAUCGGCUAUUUGUCAUCUCCUUAUGAACCAAGUCCGACAAUUGGCAUCUUGCGAAAGCAACAACGAACUGGAUCCAGGAGCGACUAUUUUCAGUGGCCGACCAUAAAUUGCAAUGGUUUCGAGACUUUAUUAUACUUUACUGUAGUUUAUUAAACAUUUAGAACAAAAUAAAUGAAGUAUU